AGAGCCAGUCAGACCCCGCGUACUGAAGCGUAUACGACCGAACGAACGACGACGAUAUCAUCAUAGCCAGAAUAGCUCUUAGCACUCUUUGCAGUGAUGUGAUUGAUAUUUGAUUCGAUCCAGAAAAAUAGUGAUUUCUGUUCGUAUUGGACCGUUUCAGGUCGAUCAGAAUCAGGGGCAAUUUUGUGAGUUAGAUUCGGUUUGGGAUUUAAGUGGAAUUUGACAUCGCGCAUCGCAGGUUUUGAAUGGGUCAUUUAACCUUUGGUGCGACCGGUGGCGGCUGUUUGGUGCCGUAGAGACGGAUGAAGUAGGGAAGGCGUUUAUUGAAUAUUUAUAAUUCCUCGGCUUCAGACACGGGAAUGUACCCAGCCAGUCAGCAUCCAGCGAUGUUGUUCGUCGUGGGGUAUCAUCAUCUGAUGUUGUUGUUGGUAGCGUCGUCAUGCUGGAGCCACUAAAAUCCACCAGACGUCCCUCGGGCCCAGGUCGAAUAGACGACGACGACAACGUUAGAAAUCAAUUGAAAUUACGAUUCGCACUCUGCACUUUGAGAUCACUCUCAACUGAGCUCAGUCUGCGACGCCACAGCUGUUCCAAGAGUAGUAGGAGGAGGAAGGCAGGCAGAAUCGUUUCAAAAAGGAAAUAAGGAAUGCACUUUUCUAAGAGAGAGUGCAUCUUCUUUAUAUGAGUUUGUCCUUUGCAGCUGGACGGAAGCAAGUACAAAGAAAUCGGUUCAGCAACCUAGCUUAGCCUAGAGAGGUGUUGCUGCUUCUACGUUUUACGAUGAUUAAAAAUCGGAACGAACCCGGACGAUUCUUCGGCGAUGGAGUGAGCUUCAAGGCCAAGCUGAUUGGCAUCCUGGAGGUCGGAGAAGCCAGAGGAGAUCGCAUGUGCCAGGAGGCGCUACAGGAUCUCAAAAUGGCUAUCCGAGCUGCAGGAGAGCACAAACAGCGGAUUACGAUACACGUUACUAUUGACGGGUUGCGUUUGAGAGAUGAGAAAACAGGGGACUCACUCUACCACCAUCCCGUUCAUAAGAUAUCGUUUAUCGCGCAGGAUAUGACCGAUUCGCGUGCAUUUGGCUAUAUUUUUGGAUCGCCCGAUAGUGGGCACCGGUUUUUCGGAAUAAAAACCGACAAAGCGGCCAGCCAGGUGGUGCUGGCCAUGCGCGACCUCUUUCAGGUGGUGUUCGAGCUGAAGAAGAAAGAAAUCGAACUCGCUCGGCAGCACAUUCAAAGCAAAAUUACCGCCCACGAACAUCAGGCGGUAGCAAUGACGGUAAAGAGCACUAACUCCGAUGGUGGUUACGGGAAAACCACCUUGUCCGGUGAUGUGGGUUCCAGCUCCCUGACGGGAUCCAGUUUAUCGGGUGCUAUCGGAGGAAGUAGUAGCUCAAAGGCCAUGAUGAAAAGUGAAAAAUCACCUGAAUCGGUGGCAGAUCUGGUGGAUCUGGAGCAGGAGCUCAGCUCCAUACAGCGUGGCAUAUCGCAGAUGGAACGCAUCACGCCUAGCGAAGUUCCAUCGAAGAGUGUGAUCGAUGACGAUCCCUUUGGAGACUCCUUUACAAAUAUGCCUCCGGCAUACAACCUUCUGCCACCACCCGAGUCUAGCAAACGUCAUCAAAAACAAACCCAUAGAAGUACCGAGAACCUUCCGGUGACUGAAACAAGUCCAGUUACUACAUCCGCUUCACCUCCGAUUCCUUCAUCUGCGACUCCGGCGGUGAAACAAGUUAGCAUACCGCCCCCUCCAAAAAGUUCUACUCCAGGACCUGCACCUCCAACUACAAUGUCUACUAGCAAUUCGAGUCAGAACGAAGAUUGGCUCAACUCACCCCCGAACACAUCACGCUUCGAUCCCGAACCAGGCAAAUACAUGGAUGAACUGAACCUAGCCGAUUUGGACGAUCAGUUUUUGCAGCAAAUUUCCAGUACAGCUAAGGCAGCUGCUUACACCGAUGCGUUUACAGAUCUUGAUCCUCUCGGGACCGGCAAAACCAAACCAUAUAUCGAUAAGAAAUAUUUCUUCCAAGAGUUGAAAAACCCUCCAAAGAAGGUUUUGAAGGAUCUCUCCGGGAAAGAGAGCACCUUCAAUGCAAAUUUCACCAGUGAAGAUCGCAUGAGGCUGCAGUCACCUCAACCAGAUCCGUCUUGCACAAAUAUGAGCUCAUCGGGUGGAGCCGAACAGUUCAGACCGUCCUUCGAUGAAAACAUGCGACCAUCCCAUGAGAUAGCGUCAGAAUUUUUGGAUCCAUUCGCCAACAAGUCGUCAGCAGAUCCGUUUAAUGAAGACGAAGACUUUUCCAAGCUACACAUUGAUCCAUUUGAUAUGCACUUUUCUCGAACAACAUCACCAAGACAACCUAAUACCGGUAAUCUGGACGAAUCUUCUGCUAAGCCAACGUUGAAAGGAGAAGAUAACAAAACAGAUGAAAGUCCAGUAGCUUACAAUGCUCCUUUACAAGUAAGCCUUCCUCCGGAAAGCUGGGCCAACUACUUAAGCCAAAAACGUCUCGAGCGCCAGAAUUCCGAUUCCACCUCUCCAGGUAUUACAGGAAUGGCGCGAAAUAGACCAAAUGUAUUCAAACAGAACACUGUCGACGUUAUUUCCAGCAUAAGUAGUGGAUCUAAGAAAAUGAAACCGAACUUGUUCGGGCAGAAAUUCUCGAAAAGAGACUCGAACAGUAUAAACAUGCGUCGCUUGCAGGAAAGCGAUUCUUUGAGCGAAAAUGAAACAGCUCCCGAACCUCCUCCUCGACCAGACUCUGGAUCACACAUCGAACCGCCACCAUUGCCUCCUAAGAAACAAUUUGCCGACAUUGUGAUAAGACCAACUCCUCGUUCCGGACCCACUAGUGCAAUCAGCUCCCUCGCAUCCGGUGGAUCCUCCAAAGAACGCUACGAUUUCGUCGGAGCCAAGUUCGAUUCUAAAAGCCAAUCUGCCAAUGAUGAUGCUCCUCCAUUGCCGCUUCCCUCUAGGAAGACCAAUCGUAAUGAUGGAUCUUCACCGGGACGACCAUUUAAAAAACUUACAGAUGAAGACGAUUAUCUCCAGCCGAUUCCGGCCAAGACCGAGAUCCCUACGCUUCUACCACCACCACAAAGAAAAGACGCUUCUAAGACACGUGCCGCACGCAAAUCGGAAACGGAUCCUCGAAACUUAGACGAGCCAACUCCACCAGCGCACACCAAAUCUCCCACAUACAAGGACGGCGAAUCGCUUCUUCCGGACAUUACACUCAGUCAAUUAUUAACCCUAGGUAUCGAUGAGCUGUCCACCAAGCUGAACGUCCCUGUCAGCAAACUGAGCACCAUGACCUUGGUUGAGCUUACUUCGUACUUAUCAGAGUUCAUAGAAAACAGCAAAAACUCACCCACUUCAGCAACUUCAUGGAACCAGGAAGCCGAAAACAAUGACUCACCCGUUUUCAAAGUAAACUUCGACGACAACAAUGACGCUACCUUCGUGGCCAAAUUCGACGACAAUUUCGGAGAAGACAACACCUUUGUAGCAAAUUUCGAUAGCUUCAACAACUUACAACCUGAUCAAACGACACAGCCAAAAUCAAGAACACAACCUGCUGUUUCAUCAGUGGAUAAAUACGCAGUAUUCCGAGAGAUUAUUGAGCAAGAAAUAGGUCCGUCACCGGAAGCUUCCACCACUGAGCAGGAAAAGUCAGGCUCUGGACUUUCUUCCCUAGACUUCGAUAGGGAAGUUGCUAGCGAAAUGAACAGACUAUCACCUAACAUUACCACCGAUCGAUUCUUACAAUCCCCCUCUCAAACCUUCGAGACCAAAAGUCCGGGCCCAGUCGUUAAGACCAAAAUCAAUACCAAUAUCACAGAAUAUAUUUCGCAAGCAGAAGACCGUUACGCCGCUCUUAGAGACAUCCUGAAGGAAGAUCUUUUCGAAAGACCCAAUCCACCUCCAUCUACAACUGCUCCAAUAGCUCGGAUGGAAUCAUCAUCCUUCGAAGAUCGUGACACCGAGGAUGAACACAAAUUCGAAGCCAAUUUCGACGACAUGAUGCCCACGGAACGUCGUUCCCCGGAAAUCAACAUCUCCGAUGCAGAAAUAACGGAAGAGUUCCCACAACAACACGGUUCUCAAAUUCAACGUACGCUAAGUUCCCUGGAACUACCCGAUACACCGGGCAUCCGUACAACUCCCAAAGAGGAUCUGGAAAUUGAUGCGUUCAUGCAAAAGGCGGUGUCAAAUUUAUCGCUUCACAGUGGAGGACAACCCUCUCCGGCACCAGCUAUCACCGUCAAAUCCCCACAUCUCCAAACAACAUCGACCUCACCGAGUCGACCCCAUGAAAACAAAUCACCCCAUGACCUAGUAUCCGAUGACCGGAUGCUGUUGGAUGGACUGUCCAAAACGUCCGUCAACGAUAUGAGCACCUCGCCCAUCCCGCUGGCAAAGACGCCUCAGCAAUCCAAGAGUCCGGCGGUAGGGUUGAGAACAUCCCCAAGCGUUAAAUCACCCGGGACCGAGGCAAGUUGUGGAGCGUUCGUCGAAGAUUCGAGUGGCGAAACGAAGAAAAGUCUGGAAUCACCCCGGAAACGGUCGUCUGGUUCGCUCAGCGAUAAUGGCGAAUCGUCCCCGGAAGCGGAUCGUAAUCAAGCACACAACGCUUCAAAGCUUACGCCAACCAAUGCCGAAUCUUGGGCGGUAUUCGAUCAACCGGAACCACCCGUUGCACAAAGAAAACCGGACACGAACCGACCUCCCAGAGGAACCGACAAAAACGGUCCCGAUUCGCCGUGUUCGUCUGACCCGAAGGAUGAGUGGAAGAACGAUCGGGACUACGCUAGGCGGUGGCCCGCCAAGGGACAAACUUCAUCGUCUUCCCGGGACGUUUCACCGUGGGACGAAGACGGGCCGGACUACCGGAAGCGCCAUCCCGGACACCAUGCUGCACCAACAUCUGGGGAACGGUAUCACCAUCCGAGGAUGCCACCGCGUCGUAUCAACUCUAAUGAUGAGGAUUACGAGGAUGAUAUGAAGGACAGAGGUGACAGAAGGAGGAGAAUGAAGGGUCAAAUAAGUUCACGGAGUAGGGAUAACUUUGACGAUGAACACUGGUAUCAUGAGCAGCAGCAGCAUCCUAGCUGGUCACCGACGGAGGAGGAAGAGAGAGGUGAUCGUUCGAGGUCGUUCGAUAGGAAUGCCUAUGAGAGGAGUACGUAUGGGCCUCCAUAUGAGAAACGAGAGCCGAAGAGUUUGCCACCGUACGAUAGACGGGAUUACAAGAACUACGAUAAGCGGAAGUAUUACAGGGAACGUGGCAGGCCGAACUAUGAGUACGAUCCGUAUGGGGAGGGUCCGUAUGAUCAGCGCAUGAUGAAGGGUCGAAUGGAUUACGAGGAUAUCUAUGAGAGGGGACCGCGUGAUUCGAGAUCGGCUAGGGAGUACUUUUACGAGCGGGAGCGUAAGAGCUUCGAUCGGGAAAGUAACGAAUCGUAUGAGCGGCGGAGUUUCGGUAGCGGAGAUAUCUACGGGAGUUUGGAUAGUCGUGGAGACUAUCGGGAGAGAGAUAGAUAUCUGUCGCUGGAUAAGUCGCGGUCUUUGAGACGUGGCAUGAGGAAUGCCGGGAGCGCUAGGUUAGAUGAUUUGGAUCAGGAUUCGGAGGGUGAUCUGGUAGGUAACAGGAGGGGAGAUUCGAAUAGCUUGCAUCGUUCUAGUCAGAAUAUUCGUGGUAAGCAGCAGCCAGUAGUUGAUGAUGAGGUUUGGGGAUCUUCAAUGGGUGGAAAACCGGGAUGGAAGCGGCCUUCAAGUGCAACUGAGCAGGAGCGAAGGUACAACGAGAGUAGACGGAUGAUGGGCACAGCUCCAUUGACAGGAUCGGAUGGGGAGAAAGAUCGUCGUUUCCGUAAAAAGGGCAGGACUCGAUCGAAGGAGUCGGACAUUAGACCGGGAUAUGCUACGAUGCGCUAUCCACCAUCGAGGUCAAAGGAAGACUACUUUGAUUUCGAAGGGGAUAAUCGUGGUGGUGGAAGUGGAGGGUACGACAACGAUGAAGAAGAUGAUAUAGGUGGUGGUAAAGUGAGUGAAAAUAUAGAUGAAAGUCCGUCUUACUACGGAAGAAGACAGCCUCCGACAUCUUACUACAAGCCUACUACUCCGAGAUCCGAAGGACGUACUUUGAAUGAUACUCUAAUAGCUCAGGAAGCAAGAAAGAUGGCUCGGUACGAAUAUGAAGAGGAAACAUUGCGAAGAAUGAAGAAAAGCAACAGUCGUGAUUUGUACUUCGAAGGAGAAGAGAAAGAAAGGUUCAGUGGAAAAUUUGGAUCGGGUAAUUUUGAGGCAGUUACUCCCCCGAAAAGUGGUAAACACGUUCGCAUGGACUUUGAUUUCGACCACUUCGAAGAAACUCCGCAGUCCGCCACUAGCGGCCGCUUCAACUUCGAAGGUGGAGAUGGAUUCGAAAGUGAUUUCAACUCUCCUCCUGCUCCUCCAUCAGGCGGCCUCCAACCUCCACAGCAAAAUUCUAAAACAUUCCGCUUUUCGAACGAUUUCUCUGAGAAAGAGUCGAACCGCCAUUAUCAAAACUAUCAUCAGAAGAUUCAGCCGCAAAACUUCGGGGAGUUCGAGACUGACUUUACUCCAACGUCUCGAGCGCCUGCCCCACCCCAGUCUGCGUCGAAGCUGAGAUUCAACGAGAAUGUAACCGUCUCCAAAUUCAGCUCCGAUGCAAAUGCUUCCGGAACGCACAUGUUCGAAGAUGAUUUCGCUGGUCGUUCCGACAACGAAGUAGAAGAUCAGUGGAACAGUGAAAUGCAAGCUCCACCCACGAACGCAAACGGAGGUAAGAAGAUCCUCAAAACCUCUAGUCAACAUCAGCCGCAAGUGCACGACAACAUCCGCAAAUCGGACAGUGUUAACAUAUUCUCUCGCAAAGUGGACGAUCCCUUCGAAGACGAUGACUUCUUCUCGACCGGGACGGGCGUAGUCGAAAAAGAUCCAUUCGCUAGCAGCGGUAAAGGAGAGCCCGGCCAAGGUCAAUCGAACCAGCAACAGCAAUCAACCGGCUGGGACAAGAACUUUGCAAACUUCGACGAUAACAUCUGAUUACUCGGCAGCCUGAUGAUGAACUCUAACAUACUCAGUCGUCAGCUCAACCGAAGCCUCAGCUUGAGGCAGCAGUAUCAGUACUGCUGCCAGGAUGACCACCAGCGAUACUCGCUUGCCAAGGAUAUUAGGAAGCUGUACAUGCGCAUCAAACAUUUCAACCGGUACGAGGUGUUCGUCUAAGGUUUACAGACGCUUGGUUUUCCGUUGUAAGUCGUCUGCCCAGGAUUGGGACAUUUUAAACCGGGACUGGAUCGAUCAGUUCAAUUUCAAUAGUUUUUAAUCGAUCUUAUAAUAUUUUUUUAUGAAUUUGAAAACAUGACGAUAGCUGUCGGAUAAGUAUUCAGCGUAUAAAUUCCGGAGUGAGGAAACGCGACACCCAUCUUGUCGAGUACUGAAUGGCUGAAAUUUCAAACACGCUAUGACUCUCGUUAUAGUUUAAUAUUUCAAAAUGCUUUUCGUAUCAGAAGAAUAUCGGAAUAAGCAUGGGUAUUUUUGUUUAAAUAUUUUUUACGGUCGCCAUGUAAACAUCUUAAGUAUAAAUGAUCUACUGACCGAGUUAAUUUUCUUUUUAACGUGUCCUUGGAUUUUCCCAGAAAGCUCAAAAACAACAAGAUUGGUAAAGCUGUCAGGAUUUAAAAUUCCUAAUUCUGUAUAUGGAAUCUUAAUUCAAAAUCUGCGCUCGACACAUUUCUGGUAAGCGGUUUAAGUUUGAAAUAUUGACGCCGUUUUUCAUGUUUUGCUUACUAAAUACAAGGAUAUUUAAAAAAAAAUUAUCUGAAGGUUCACGACUUAAAAUGAGACUUCCACGAGCACUUCACUACCGGGAGGAAGAAAAAGUUAACAUUUAAACAUGUACUCAGCAAGUUUGAUAUUAAAAAAAGUUCGUGGAAGCUGACCGGGAGGAGCAAAAAUAAGACCUAGAAAAUCAUCAUCAAAUUGUUCGGUUUUUUUGCUGUGUUUUGCAAAAUAAAAAUACAAGAACAAAUCUCACUAAACAAAUCUAGUCAUUCUAGCUUGUUAAUCAAUAUAAAUACCAACAACUAGCUAAAAAACAAACAAACAAACAAUGUUGGAAGUUUUGCUGGCCGAUGGGUUGUUUUUAAAUGGUUGUCAUAUGUCAAACAAAAUAAUGCUUUAGUUUAAACGUUUUUAAGCUGGGUUUAAAGUGUAUUUAUUCUUUAUCUGUAAUCGAGGUUAGCGCAAAAAGCAUUUUACGAGCCGCUUUUCGAAAGUUUGAGGUUUGAGCUAGGAGGGCCACAAGAGUAAAUAUGAAUUGCGUGUAUUAGGAGAACACAUACAAUUACUGCUGUUAGAUUUUAAUUAAAUUGCAUUUCAAAGACGCAAGUGAGAAAGCAACAAUCGAGAUAUUUAGUUGUUAUGUUCAAUUGAAAAUUUCAUCACCCCGUAGGAUCAAAAAGCACAUCACAAAUCAUGAGAAAAAACUUUUUUUUCCAGUCAAAAACAAAACUUUUACUCGAAAUAAACUUAUCUUAGAAUGUUGAAAUGAAGAUUGUCUCGAAAAUGAAAUCCGAUCAAUAAUUAAGUUCUAACUCACGAAACAGUAAAAAAGCUAUGGGAAAGUUGUCCAAACAAAUGAAGUCGAACUACAAAACAAAAUGUAGAAACAUUUGACGAACAAAAUCGAACCAUACGCCCAAGUAUUAUCACUAGAGCACAGAGAGCUUAGCGGAAAAAGGAAUAGAAUGAAUUUUAAGAAUAGAAUACGGCCCGAAAGUUGGCUCGUAUCAAUUAAAGCUAUUUAUUUAAACUUUAAAUUAAAUGUUUUUUCAGGUUUACGAUAAUUCAAAUCGAACCACACACACACAGGUAGUCAAUGAAUGUCUCAAAACAAGUAAACGAGAUAUAGUUCCUAGAUAUGAGUCUUUACUUACAAAUGAAAACUUUUAAACGAAUAACAACCAUGGGAACGAUUAAAAUCAGUGGAAAAAUCCUUAUUCUAAUCCUUGCUUCUCUGGAAACAAAAAACAAAUGUUUGUCAAUAAAAAAAAUCAAAUAUAAGCAUGUGUACAGAACGUAACGGAAGCAAAUUUCUUCUCUCGAAUAUUUCUCCCAAAGUUAGCAAAACAUUAACAAAAAAUCAAUUUCUGAACGGACAUUGUAUAGUUUGUAAGGUGACGCCACAAAUACGGACGUCGAAACUGAUACAUAUUCGCAAAAACAAAAACAAAAUCUAGAAGAAUCAGUGAACAGUCAGUCAGUAAGCAUUAGGUGUAGUCGAACGCGAAUUAUUAGUAACGACACAAGGAAAGUUCUUAUGUAAAAUUGCUUUGUAUAUUUUUUGUAUAAAUUAUUAAAAACAAAACAAAAACAUAUUCUUUUGUCGGUCUACGAUGAAAACAAGUGUAUAAUUGAUAUUGAAGAAACUGAACGGAUAUUCAAAAGAAAAAAAAACAAAACUUACUCCAUAAAAGGGAAACUUCUCUCCCGCCCCCCAAAAUCAAGGAAAACAACAUGUUACAGAACAUAAAAAAAAAACAAACCAGUUUAGCGAUAGGACAAGUUAAAGGAAAUAAAAACCAUGAACGAACGGCGGUACAUGCGCAGUACACGAAAUGCAGCUUUAUGCAGCCACAAAAUCAUAACAAACAAACAAAACUAAUGUUGAUUUGACAAAUGAAAAUUACUUGAAUAAAACAUGUAAAAUUUCAAUCCCUUA